UUUUCUCAAUUGUCAAUUGCACAAAUAAUGUAUCUCCAUCAUUUAUUCAAGCAAAUUUCUUUAAUUCAUCUAUCUCCAUGACUAUUGAUCAAAUUAUUUCUACUGACAUUACUCCUGAGUUUUUUAUUAAUGAAUUUG